AUGCCCAAGAUUAAGAACGUGUCCAAGCUCAGCCCAUACACUGUGAUCCAGUGCGACGCAUGCUUCACAAACAUGUACUACAGAGACGUUUUGGAGCACUGUGUCGACGAGCAUCAGGAUUGGCUUCAUCUCAUGAAAAUGGAAGACAUUGUUAGCCGGUUCUUCUACCUGGUUCCUCUCAACCAGACUCUGGACCUGGACAACAACCCAGACUACGAACUUGGAUCUGCGUAUAGAGCAGCUACCACACAGAGAUCUGCCCUUCCCCAAACGUCUUCUCGCGAGGAUCUUCACAACUGGCCUCUAGAGAAGCCCCUGCUGUAUUGA